GGUUGCUAAGCAAUGGUACUGCUUAUGCUUACCACAACAAAACGGCAUUGUCAGUUUGUGGUUUACCUACUUAUAAUAAGCACUUGGUUCAUAUUUUUAGGUAAAAUAGGCACAUUUGUGUUUACAUUUCGAGAUUAAGAAUAAAAUGCACUUGAACAAAAUAAAAAUUUUACUUAUAGGGCCAUCCGGCAGUGGAAAAACUUCAAUAGCUAAUUUCAUAUCAGAAUCAAUGAAUAUUGAAGAAUCAGGUCCACCAAAGCCAACUCAAGGUGUUCGUAUAGUGGAAUUUGAACUGUCUAAUAUCAAUGUCAAUGACAAGGUUUAUAACAAUGACAUAGAAUUAUGGGACUGCAGUGGAGAUCACAGAUUUGAAUCGUGCUGGCCGGCUCUUCGUGUUGGAGUGCAAGGAGUCAUACUGGUAUGCUCGCCUAGCACUGCAAACGCUGCUACCAGGGAAAUGGAGUUACUGUACAAUUACUUCGUUUCUCAGCCUAAGCUUACCACUAAGCAAUGCGUCCUGUUUUAUAAUUGCACAGAUGAACAAGAUGACCUGGAAUCUUUGAGCCUGUCUCCCACUUUCUCAAAGGUAUCGCAAGUCGCAAUAAACCUCAAGACAGGAGGAAAUCGUUUAAAAAUUGAUUUUUCAAACUUUGUCGUCUCUAUAUUGCAAUCAAUAAACAGAUCUAUUUAG